AUGCAGCUGGCGCUGCGAGCGCUGCUUCUACUGGCCGUGGCGCAACACGCCCACGCGGGCUGCACCGCAGGCUACCUGGCCCUGGACCUACUCAACGCCAACAGCACCGACUGCCGCAGCAGCCUGCUGGCGCGCUGCCUGUCCACGUUCCGCGUCGCCGUCGACGCCGCGUGCGCCAUACAGCUGACGCCGCUGGCCGGCGGCGGCGCAUACGUGCCGGCCAUCUGGUCGACGCACGCUGCCGCCACCUACGCCCGCCUCCAGGAGUGCCCCACCAGCGCCUCGGCAGCCGUGCCCACCAGCUCCGACCCAACAGAGGCGGAGGUAAAGGCAGCAAUCCAGACGGCGCUGGAACGGCACAUCUAUGGCGACGCGUACGCGUUAGCAGUCAGCGGCGUGGCCUGGGACACGGGCACGGUGCUGGUGACCACCGCAGCAGACACCUGCCAGCUCAAGUUCGGCAUAACAUCGAUAGACAACGCAUCCAACUCUCUAGUGACCAAGCUGGCGCCGCAUGCAGUGAAAGUGCAGUGCCUGGUGGCGGGCCUGCUGUCGGUGGGAGAAGAGUGCGAGCUAGAUCCGCUGCUGGCCCCGCCAGACUGCAGCCCCGGCAGGCGGCCGGUGGCGCUGACCGCGCUCACCCAGGCGUGCGCGCUGUGCACCCCAGCCCAUCCUACUAGUACGCUAGAAUACCUGGGGCCACGCAGCACCUACCAGCCGUACCUGGGCCAGGCGGCAGGCAGCGCCUGCCUGGCCUGCCCAGACCCAGAGUUCACUUCUUACACCGGCGCUGACGACUGCACCGUGCCUGUGGUGACCGUGUGCCCAGACGGCCACGAGCUCAACUCGUUGACUGACGAGUGCGACGGCUGCCCCGCGGGCACCAAGCGCGACUCAGCCACAGAAGAGUUCUGCAUCCCAUGCCCGCCGGGCCACUACUCGCCCGUCAACGCCUCCAGCUGCACCCCCUGCCCCCUGGACCAGUUCUCUCCCAUCUAUGGGCUGGCCGAGCAGGACGCCGUGGGCGUGAAGAAGUGUUGGUACUGCCCUAACGGCACCCUGGCAAUCACUGAGGACAGCCAGUCGGGGCAGACGGGAUCCACAGCCUGCGACCCCUGCCCGCCGGGCACCUUCUCGAAAGUGGUGGGCGGCGCCACGCACCGCACCUGCGCAGCCUGCGAGGACGGCUACUACCGGGCCGGCUGGGGGUCGGCCAUCAAUAAUGAGUGCAAGCAGAUCCCCGCCGGCUGGAAGGAGUCCAACCGCACUGUCGCCGCUUAUGACCGCGCCAAGAUUGAGCUGUGCAACAAAGGGGAGGUCUCCUCCUGGUCUGGAGCGACGCGCACCCCGCCCAACCCGGAAGCCUGCUCCCCUUGCGUGGCCAACACCUAUGCCCCGCGCCGCGGCAUGGCCGCCUGCCAGCAGUGCGUGGGCGGCACGGCGCCGACCUCGAGCGUCGGCAGCCCCGGGUUUGAUAAGUGUACCGCGUGUGAGGGCAACACGUACCGCCCAGUCAGCAGUACCAGCUCCACCUGCCUGGUGUGCACCGCGGGCAAGGAGGUCCACGGCACCAGCCACCGCGGCUGCUCGCCCUGCUCUGCGGGCUGGUUCAUGCCUGAUGAGGCCAACGGCACCAACCUGGCGCUGCCUGCCUUGUCGGGAUCCUGCAGCCGCUGCCCGACUUUCCUCUUCUACUUCUUCGUGUUCUUCUUCGCACGCCCAGGGGUGGUGCAGCAGCGGGGAGGUGCACGCGCCUUUGUGCUUCAAGCGGAGUUCGCCACGCGACCCGCCAACCAGUACCAGAACCGCACCGGCCAGGCCGCCUGCGUGCUGUGCCCCGCGGGCAGCAGCACCAGCGACACCGGCAACACCCAGUGCUACCCCUGCCCCCUCGGCACUUACUCCACCAGCCCAGAAAUGAACUGUGUGCCCGCUCCUGAGGGCUCGUAUGUGGGGACCACCGGCGCAACAGCAUACACCGCCUGCCCCACUGGCACCUUCAGCAACUCUGCGGGGGCGGAAGCGUGCGACAUCUGUGUAGCAGGCCAGUACGCUAACGUCAAGGGCUCCAAGGCGUGCAAGACGUGCGGCGCGGGCUCCUGGUCGAGCGGCGCGGCUGCCUCGUGCACCAAGUGCCUGCCUGGCUACUACGCCUCCCCUGGCAGCGGCAUGUGCAGCCCCUGCAAGCCCGGAUCCUUCUCUAAUGUCAGCGGCAUGGGCGUGUGCCUGGGGUGCCCGCUGGGCCGGCAGUGCCCCUCCAUCGCCACCAAGGAGCCGCAGCCCUGCCCCAAGGGCUCUUAUUCCAACAAGGAAGGUGCCAGGCUGUGCACACUCUGCGCCGCCAACACCUACCAAGAUGUGAGGGGCCAGAGGGGCUGCAAAGUCUGCGCCAGCGGCUACACCACGCGAGGCCUGCAGGGCCAGUCGGCGUGCCAGCCCAUGCGCACACAGACCCGCCGCAUGCUGCGCAGCCAUUUCUCGAGCUAGGAGGCUCCAAGGCUUGCAGGGUCCGCGUCAAGCGGCCCGCCCCUGCCACCCGUCAUGCCUCUCCGCGUGCCUCUCACGCGGAUUCAUGCCUCUCCGCGUGCCGCCGCCACUGAUGAUCCGCAGUCGGUUGACUGCCCUGCGUUGCCUGUAGAUCCCCAACCUUCCUGCGUUUCUCGCCCUCCUGUCCGCCUUUCAGCAUGCUGCUUCUCCCUUCUUCUCGUUCGUCCCCCUGCUCGUUGCUUCCGCUCGCUGCCACACCCUUGAAACGGUGCAUUACUUUUGCUUCCAAACCACCACCAUGCAUGCAUGCCGCGGCAUGCAUGCGUAUGCGCAUACACAUGAGCACUGUGUUGCGCCGCUCCCCCCCUUGAUAUGAGGCGUAUCCUUUCCCUUUCCCUUCCUUUGCCGCUCCUGCUCCUGCUUGGUAUGUCAUCAAUCACACGGCUCAGCCUCCAUUCCCACGCUCGCCGCUCCCGCCGACAUACCUCCCCUUCCCCAUACCCGCUUCCAAUGAAUAAGCACCGCUUGCAUCCAGCGCCUUGUGCCCCCGACCAAUACUGCCAACUGCUUUCUCUCUCGCGUUUCAGUUGAUAACUUCACCAGCACUGUCACUCGCUCGCUGUAACAGCUGCAGCAC